UCAACAUGGAAGAGAUAAAUCACGAAUGACUAUUUAUCUUAGAGAAUUGAAUAGCGGAUGGAGAAGGUGGCUAUUAGAUGAGAUUUAAUUUCAAAUCUCAUGAUGACAACACCAUCAUACGCUAGCCAACUGUCCAUCCCAAAGUGAUGAUACGUACACAUACAAUUCACUAACAGUCGAGAAACUCUUAUCCAAUAAUAAGUAAGUGACUCGCCUACCUUAGUUUAUUAAAAAAAAUAAACUUAAUUGAUAAUAUAAUAAUUACAUUUUAAAAUGUUAGUUUGAACUUAAUAUUAAGAAAUAUAGUUAAAUAAUCUUCAAAGAAUGUGUCAGGCAAUAUCCAAUAUUUCGUAACAUAGCAAUAGCAACUAAGGAGACACUUAUCUAUUUUUUCUUUCAAACAAGCAAUUCGAACCUCUAUCAUUACAAAGGAGACCUCGGAGAGAUAGAAGUUUAAGUUUCAAUUGAAAUCGUCUAGAAGAUUAGAUUGCCCAAAGUGUUUGGCGAUCGCACACGAUAAAGUUUGAGGGAGACGGAAUAGAAUAGGAUCGAACGGCGUUCUCCGUGAACUAUUUUUUAAAAGAAAAUAUUUAAUGAAAUCGAUUAAUCAGUAUGCUGGGAAAAACAGGACGUAGCUGUGUAAAACAUGGCAGGAAGAAACAUAGAAAGGAGGCCCUUUAGGUCGUUAUCAAAAGCGUGCUUUGGCGAGGCAAACCUGGUGGUUAAGGAAAUUUUAACACAGUUGCUUAAUAAUUAUUAUAAAAAUAGUUCUCGCCCUACGUGGCCUAAUACUAACUUAGUACUUGUUAUUAUUUUAAAAAGAGUACUUUUAGGAAGAUGGGACUCUAAUUACCAAUUCGCCAUUGGCUAAAUGGCGAAAGAGAGCUCUUCAUUGACACAUCCUCACAGUCGAAUUUUGAUCGGAGGGCGCAAAGUGGUCGGGCAGUACCUGUCCUGACACCUAGGCCUCCAAAAAGUUGAUGCCUAGUAAUUAAUCAGUGACAGCGAGAGCAGAGGAGAAACGAUACUGGACGAUUAUGUCGACCCAAAAAGGGCGGUCCCCACGCCCCACCACCCUUCGGUCCCUCAACCAAUAAAAGCGUGGGUCCCGUUGCCUUUUGGCCAUCCAGCUCGAGGCGCUACCAAAACGGAUCGUCUGCAAAUGUAGCAAUACCGUUAUGCUGCAACAGCAAACGCUGACGCUCCGAUGUUCGUUUAAGGGGAGAGACAGAAGUUGGUGAGAGCGAAGCGUGUUGGUGAGACUGGAGCGGAUCAAGAAUAGGGUCGUAAUGACGUCAUCAGCGUCGUCAUAGAGGAGGCUAAGCUGCCAAAUUUGCCCCCGGCAGAUAAUGAAGCAGCACCCAAGCAAUCUUUAGCCUCUUAAAACGAGUAAACUCAGCGGCCAAAUCACACAAUUCAACAACGGCAGAAGAACUGAAGAAGAGGAAGAAGAAAGAAGAAGCAGAGGAGGAUAAAAAAACUAGAGGGAUGGAAAGCAAGGCGGAAGGAAAGGGAGGAUACUGGGCGGCGCUGGACGCGCGGCGGUGCGACUCGUGCAAGGCGACCGCGGCGGUGGUCUAUUGCCGAGCGGACGCGGCGUACCUCUGCCGCGGGUGUGACGCACGCGUGCACAGCUUGGCGUCACACCACGAGCGCGUCUGGAUGUGCGAGGUCUGCGAGCAGUCGCCGGCUGUGGUCACCUGCAAGGCGGACGCCGCCGCGCUAUGCGACGCCUGCGAUGCCGACAUCCAUUCCGCCAACCCCCUCGCUAGCCGCCAUGAACGCGCUCCGGUCGUACCCUUCGUCGAGCCACUCUCAGACGCCCACAUCAAACCCUCGACUGCUACCGCCGCCGCCGCUGCUGACGCAGGCGGUGGCUGGUUCCCCGUCGGCGAAGCGGCUAUCCUGGGCGAUAGCAACAACGAGGCGGCCCAAGACGUCGAUGCGGCUGCAGCCUCCUGGCUCCUCUCAUCCCAAGGGCAUUCUAACUUCAAGAGCUUGAUCGGGGCGGCUGAACUCAAAUCAACUGAUUAUUUCUUCUCAGAUGUAGAUCCAUACCUGGAUCUGGAGUACGCCACUUCGAUGGACGCUCGAUUCCACCAAUCGGACAGCGUCGUCCCCGUCCACAACAAGGCUGCCAGUUUUGAUGGCGGAGCCCCGGCUCUUCCAUCGUUCCAGCUCCCUGCGGGUGGCUGUAUAGAACUCGAUUUUGCUGCGUCCAAGGCCUCCUACAGUUCCCACACUACCCACUCCGUUAGCCACAGCAUGUCAUCUUCGGAGGUCGGCGUGGUACCGGAUGGCAGCGUGAUGGCGGACGGGAACGAUCCCUACGCCGGAGCUGCCGGGAAGGCGGCAGCGCAAAUGGAUCGUGAGACUAGGGUCAUGCGAUACCGCGAGAAGAGGAAGAACCGUCGAUUCGAGAAAACGAUCCGGUACGCGUCGAGGAAGGCGUACGCGGAGACGCGGCCGCGGAUCAAGGGGCGAUUCGCCAAGCGAACGGACAUCGACGCGGAGGUCGACCGCAUCUACUCCUCCGCGGCCGCCGCUGCCGCUGCGCUUAUGGCGGACUCCGCUUACGGCGUCGUCCCAUCGUUUUGAGGGCGAUCGAUCGCCGCUUGUAACUUUUAAGAUGUAACGAUAUUCCUCUCUCUGUUCCCCUCUUCCGCUUUAUAUAGAUUAUUAUAUGCCUAAAUUAAGCUGUAAACUGUAUGUAACCUUCCGAUGCCGUCGGCACGCGAAUCUUGAUGUUUCAUUUUUGGAGGGCUCUUCAA